AUGAGAUGGUGGUUCCGCUGAAUUGCUACUGCAACGUCUCUGGAGCAUGUGUAUUUGCUGGGAGAGCCCUUUGCCCUGAAAAGCAGUAGUGCCAAGUGAAACGCCCUCUCAGUGAGCAGCUGAACUUCUGAGCAGAGAUGUCGAAUGCAUCCUGUGACACCUCACACUUCAGAUACCCGCUCUUCACCGCCACCUACAGCCUGGUGCUGGCACUGGGCCUGCCCCUCAACGCAGCAUCCCUGUGGACGUUUGUCCGCAGGCUGGGCCUCCAGUCCGUGCCGGUAAUCUACAUGGCCAACCUGGCGCUGUCGGACCUGCUGUUCACCCUCUCCUUGCCUCUCAGGAUCUUCUACUUCGCCACGGCGUGGUGGCCAUUCGGGGACGUGGCCUGCAUGAUCCCAGGCACCAUGUUCUCGGUGAACCUGUACUCCAGCUCCCUCUUCAUCGCCUUCAUCAGCGUGGACCGGCUGCUGGCCGUGGUCUACCCGCUCCGCUCCCGGACGCUGCGCACCCCGCUGCUGGCGUGGCUCUCCUGCGCCGGCGUCUGGCUGGCCAUCUUGGGUCUGGCCGUGCCCGUUGCCCUCAACCACCGCACCAAUGUGGACAAGGGCUGCAACGUCACGCGCUGCUUCGAGCACUACUCCUCCAGGGAGUGGCGGCAGGGCUUCUACAUCCUCUGUGCCGUCACUGCCCUGGGGAUUCUGCUCCCCUUCACCGUCAUCACCGCCUCCACUGUCUCAGUCAUCCGGAAGCUGCGGACGGGCAGGGUGUCCCCAGCGGUGGACAAGCGCAAGAUGAUCUGGAUGUUCCUGACCAACCUGCUCAUCUAUGCUGUGUGCUUCAUCCCGUUUCACGUCGCCUUCAUCCUCUACGGCCUGUACAAGCUGGAGUUCCUGCAGUCCAGCUACUUCGACGCUCAGACCGUGACGAUGUGCCUGGCCAGCACGAACAGCUGCUUGGACCCAAUCAUCUAUUACUUCAGCAUCAAAAACCUCCGGAGGAAUAGUGACGUGGACACAAUGUCCAUGGGAGCUGCUCUGAAUGAGUGAGCAGGGGGAAGAAACACCAAAGAGGCUUGACUGCCCACAAGCACAGGAAGCACUCCC